CCGAAAGCAGCCCUGCGGGAGAGGAAAGAAGGCACCGCAUCCCUUGUGGUGACCAGGACCAAAUGUCGUUCAAGGGCGACUGCCUGGCGGGGCGCGUGGCGUUCGUCACUGGCGGAGGCAGCGGCAUAUGCAAGGGCAUCACAAGGGUGCUGAUGGCGCACGGAUGUGAUGCAGUCAUCAUGGCACGCAAGAAGGCAAGGCUGGUGGAAGCAGCGCAGGUACGGACGGAGUAGGGCAGUCAGUGCAGAAACACACGCACACACGCGCGCACACAGGCGGCCAUGCUAUCACUCUGUUGCAUUGAAUGAAUGCGCGCAGGAGUUGGAGUCGUUGACAGGUCGGCAGUGCCUGCCUGUGGCCGCUGACGUGCGCGACCCACAGGCGGUGGACAGGGCGGUGGACGAGGCUGUCGAGCGGUUCGGCAAGAUAGACAUCCUCAUCAACGGGGCGGCAGGCAACUUCCUCUGCCCACUCGACAAGCUCUCACACAAAGGUCAGCCGACCCACUGCGGCAUGACCCACACACGCCAUCCAUCCAUUCUCUGUUGGUUUGCAGGCUUCAAGGCGGUCAUGGAGAUCGACACGUAUGGCACCUUUGUGGUGUCGUCUGCCGCGUUCCGCAAGAGCCUUCAGCAGCAUGGUGGCGUCAUCAUCAACAUCAGCGCGACACUGCACUACAGCGGGACGCUGCUGCAGGCACAUGCAGGUGAAGGGAUGUGUGGGUGGGUGGCUUGUCACACACAUGAAUGAUGUGUCGGCAACCCUUAUUCGUUGGUGAUGAUGGUGCAGGCGCCGCGAAAGCUGCCAUCGAUGCGCUGACCAAGCACAUGGCCGUCGAGUGGGGACCAUACAAUGUACGUUCGUAUGCAGGCUGAUCAGCGCCCCUCAGACGAUAACCGGUGAUGCACAUGUAUGUGGAAUGUGUGUGUGCCUGUUGGGGUUGUAGAUCCGUGUGUGCGGUAUCGCGCCGGGCCCAAUCGAAGGGACAGAAGGCAUCUCGAGACUAGUGCCUUCAUCAGAAGGGUACGCUCGUGCCGUGCAAACCACCCACCCAUCUGAAUGAUCAUUCUCUCCAUCUUUGACCGUGUGUGAACAUGCAAACAGGCCGAGCGGCGAUGACGACACGGACUUCAGGUCGUUCAUCCCGCUGCAACGGCUGGGCACUGUGGACGACAUCGGCCACGCCGCCCUCUUCCUCUCACUGCCAGAGGCGUCAUACGUCACUGGAACCACACUCGUGGUCGACGGCGGACAGAGCCUCACCUCAGCCAACUUCACGGUCAGCCAGCUAAGCUAACUCACCAAAGCGCUUAGCUAGAUGGAAACCGUGCUCAUCUGUGUGUGUCGUGUGUUUGUGUGUUGUGUGGUUGGUCAGGUGUUGGCUCCUUCGCUUCGUGACGCGUGGCUGAAGGCGCCAGUGCAAGUGGAGGGACGGACCAGGAGCAGACUGUGAUCAGCGUGUGUGUGUGUGUGUG